AUGGCUUCGCCAGCUCUUGAAGGAUCUCAAGAUGUCCCGCCGCCGCAGCAGCAGCAGUCUGGCAAUGACAUCUCGCGCGCAAACUCUACAUCCGCUGCAGAGGCGGCCGUAUCCCAAUUGCUGGGCAUGACGGGCGAGAAUAUCGGCGGCGACGACGACAACAACAACAACAACAACAACAACAACAACAACAACAACAACAACGGCAGCAGCAGCAGCAACAACAACGGAGAGGAAAACGACAACAAUGGCAUCGGUAGCAGCGCAGAUGAUGCUACCUCGCAAGAACAGAGGUAUGCUGGCAGCCAGUCGGCUGCCGUGGCCGUAGCUGCCGCCGCCUCUGCAGUUGCCAUCGAGUCGACGACCGACGGCGGCGGCGAUAGCAGAGACCGACCCGCUGCUGAUAAUGAUACUGCGACGACGAUAAACAACCACGCGCCGCCACUCGAACCCCAGCAUGCAAUGUCGCAGCCGCCGACACAUACUUACAGCGGUGCUACGCCUGCUGCUACGGCUGGAGGAAAUGGAAAUGGUCUGCCCACCUGCCAGAAUUGUAGUACCUCGACUACACCACUAUGGCGACGCGACGAGUACGGCUCGGUGCUGUGCAAUGCCUGCGGCCUGUUUCUCAAGCUGCACGGCCGUCCGCGUCCCAUAUCGCUGAAGACCGACGUUAUCAAGAGUCGCAACCGUGUAAAAACGAUGCGCCCUGACAUGAUGACGAAGAAGAAGAACGCAGCUGCAUCGCAAAACAACCAGACUAUGCGUAAGCAUUCCGGUGGCAACCCAGAUGGACCGCACGACUCGCCCGUUUCCCGCACGGGGACACCAUCCAUGUACACCCACCCACUGCCGGCCUUCAUGAUGGACGACCCCUACUCAUCGGCGGUGGGGGGGUACGGCGGGGCUAACGGUGACGGGUCCGGGUCCCCGAUGAACGGAGACAGCCCGCAGACACACGAGCAGCUCAUCGCCGCCAACUCCAGCCUCAAGACACGGGUGCGCGAGCUCGAGCUCAUCAACGAGCUGUUCAGGGGUCGGCUCGCCCAGCUCGAGCAGCAGGAGGCGGCCGCCCGCCACGGUAGCGAGAUGGCGUCGGUGGAGCAGACGCAGCUGCGCUCCCAGCUCGACGCCAGCCAGAUCAAGGAGAAGCAGUUGGACGCACAGCUGAGCGACUCGCACCGCAGGGAGAACAGUCUCAAGCGGAGGCUUGACGAGCUAGAGGUCGAGCUCAAGGAUGUGAAGGAGGCCAAUGCGGUCGCCGUGGCCGCCGCCGCCGCCGCCGCCGCCGCCGCUGCCACCGCUGCAACACCGGUCGAGGACGAGCCGGGUCGGUCAGCCAAGAGGGCACGCGUGCAUGACGUGGAAGACGAAGAGCCCCAGACGACGACGUCGCAAUCACCCGUGGAAGAGGAGAAUCCCGAAAGAAAUACCAAGAUGGAAGCUAUAGAGACGGCUUAG